GUUUAACCAAGUGAGUGACACGAACACAUCUAGUUUUCUAACAUCAUUUUCACUUUCGUAAUUUUAUGUAAUGCAAAACGUAAAUCAACACAAACAUGGGAAUUCUGCGUCCCGUCGCAGAAUCCUUGGUUGGAUAAACAACAAUCUUGGCACCACUUACGUACGUUUAGAGGAACUGCGAACCGGCGCGGAAUAUUGUCGAAUGCUUCAUAAGCUGCAACCUUCGGCGAUUAGGUUGAAAAGGGUCUUCAAGGAACCAAAGAGCCAUUAUGAAUGUGUGCAAAAUAUGAAAUUGCUGCAAAAGAGCCUCUUAAAACAGGGCGUUGAGAAGCAAAUACCCAUUCAGCGGCUAGUUUCUCGUGGUAAUAGCGAGAGUUUGGAGUUUGCCCAGUGGUUCAAGGCAUUCUAUGAUCAUAACCACCAGCUGUUAUGGCCCGAAAAGACCGAAGAUGCACCGAAGCCCCUAGAAAAAUUCGACGAAAAGCCUGACAGUUUCGUGGAUACCGGAAAAUGCAGGUAUGGAGCAAGAUGUAGUCAUAGAUUAGAUUCGACUGUAAGCAGUCGACAUUCAAAUCAAUCAGGGAAGAAUUUUGAAAACUACCAGAAGAAGAAAACUACUACAACGGGAAGUAACUCAGUAGGCAAAUCUGAGAAUCAUCGCAAGGAUGAUUCCACGAAACAUCCGCUUUGGGGCAGCCUAGAGGACUUCGAUGGAUAUACUCCAGAAGUUUUUAACAAAACGUAUAGAGCUGCAAAGAAAUAUAAAAUCGUAAAAUCGCGUUUCAUCAGAAAGCAUACUAAAAGGAGUAAUAAGCCACGAAAUUCCAAAACCGUAAGGAUUGCAAAAUCAGAAAACCAAAAAUCAGAAUCCGCACCGUUCAUAGAUGAUCCUGACAUUGUCCUAGCCACGGAAGUAUUGGCUUCAGGUCUUGAUGAGCCCAGAACAACACAGACUUAUAUGAUCAACGUUCCAGGUGUGAAACUAGGUUUCAAACCAAAUCUAUUUCAAUAUCCAGAGAUAAUAGAAGAUUAUCACACUAUUCUGGCCAAGAAAUGUUUACUUUUUCUUGAUGACGUACACGUGUCAUUUCAUCUGGACCUAGGAGAACUAUCUACUUUAACCCAUGACAUUCAUAGAACUGAAACGGACUUGAAAAAAUCGGAUGAGGAACGAGUUUCUCUUAUAGCAGAAUUGGAUUCUUCGCCGGAUGAAUGGUCGUCCACCUGGCAAUCCACCUAUGAAAAUGCACUGCCUAUAGACGUUAUUGAUUUUAAGGAACAACAUUUACAACAAAAUCAAUCAAAUAAUUGUAAUUGUGCAGAUAUUACCGUGGCAGGCGAACUUCCGCAAUCUAUAGAAAUUGAUUUAAAGAAAAUCGACCCUGAAGAAACUAGUCGCUGUAAGAACUCCAAUGGGCCACUUCUCGGAAAACGUUUGGAUCGACCCCUCCCGCGUACUAGACCAUUCAAACUUCGGCGGACUUUUGGUUUUCAUGAAGAGAAAAGUGUUAAAAUCAAAUCCUUCAAGUAUUCGAUCAAAAAGUUGGUAGAUGAAUCCCCGCCAAAUUCGUCGGAUGAAGAGUGCUUUUCCGAUGAUUUCCCAGAUGUUAGUCAUUUCAAUAAGGAAAUGGAUGCAAAAAUCGUUUCGAUAUGGAAAGAUAUUUAUAACGUUAUUAAGAUCCUCCAAAGGAUCGAGCAAAAUUGGUACCGCAGUAAGAUUAAUGAGAGCAGAACGACAUUUAAGCAUUGGAAAAUGAAUACCGAUUAAUAGGAGAUAGCAAAGUUUGAAGUUUGCAUAGAAUACACUUAGAUUUAAAUAUUUAUAUAUGUACGUUUUCGGCCAAGUUGUUCACUAAAAUUCCGUAAAUCAGCUCGAACAAAAUAAAUUUUAAAGUAUUACCACCCAAAAUAAAAUAUGACCAACU